AUGUCCAGCAGCCGUAGGCCUAACUGUUUCAGGAGCGACGUCCACAGACUGCUGCAGGCGGCUGAAGCUGGUCAGAGGGCUGACGUCCUGACCUACUUCUCAGGUCAUCUGGGGCCCCGCAGCCUGAACCACAGUCUGCCUCGUAUGGACACAAAGCAGCGCUUCUGGAAGAUGUCCAAGAGCCGAGAAGAAACUCCAGACCCUCUGACACUGAGCGCUCCUUCCCAGAAAAAGCAACAUUUUUCAUCUAAUCCUGAGGGGAAACAGCAAGGACUGAAUAAUGAAGACCAGCUAAAGACUAAACAAUGGUUUGGCAGGGAGUCUGCAGCCAAGCAGGACCCGUGGGUUGGAAUAAAUGUUGCUGAAAUGCAUGAGAGGAAACUACAUAAGGAGCUGAAGAAGCUGUCAGCACAGAGCUGGCCCAGCAGAGACCGCCUUGCGGUGUUCAGUGACGUCUUUGAUGAUGUAUGUGAAUACUCGCCAGUAUUUGGACGCAUCCUGAGGGAAAUUAAGACAGAUUAUGAUUUAUAUGUCAACCACCUGAUGGCAUCCCAGUCACCACCACAUGACAUGUUGCUCAAUGCUUCACUUUGCAAAGUAAAAGAAAUGGAGAUUGAAGACGCUGAAAAAGAGAUUUGCAGACUAGAGCUGGAAGCCAGAAGAGCUCUAAAGGAGAAUAAACGAGUCCGAAUGGAAUUACAGAAGGGUCCAGCUAUCAUGGGCCCUUUGGAGAGUAGCAUGAAGAAUAUAUCUCUGUCUGGACUGCAGGACAGUGGGACAUCUGUCAGACACACCAACAAGGUCCAGCUGAAGAGGCUUCAGGUGUUGAACAUGUGGAGAGAGAUCCAACAGCUGGAGGAGGAGAUUAAGGAAAAGCUGGUGUCCACUGACACAACCGCUGCCACUGAGAAAGACAUCGAAGACCUGAAGGCAGAAACAAUACGACUGAUAGCCUCAAAUGACCGACUGAAGACCACCAACCAGUGGCUCACAUGUUUUUUGCGCAACGUUUUUCUCUGA